AUGCGUCGUGUGCACCAGAAACGCGAUGCGGGUGCGGAACGGGCCGAAACUACAACAAAAAGUCGCUCCGUCUUGGAUAUGGCCAUUCGGUUCCCAAGGUUUGCCAUCAAGCAGAGGCAACCGCGAUCCGUCGAUCUUGAACCACCCGUUAUUUCUACUGGCCAAGCACCCUGA